AUGAAAUACUAUUUUAUCCGUGAUGAAUUGAAAAAGAAACAAUUUUAUAACCCUGAACCUAUAUCAGAUGAAGAAAAUAAAGCAAACAAAGUGGCAAAUUUAGAAAAAGUUUAUAAAAUUUGUAAAAUUAUUUAUUAUUUGGUUAGUGAUGUUAAUAUCCACAUUGAAGAUUCAAAAAUUUCGGACAUACCAAUUGCUACAGUCGAUGAAAACAAAUCAAUAAAAGAUUAUUUUAAUCAAGAAAAACCAAAUCAUUCAUUAGAAUUAACUACAAAAUCUGUAUCGUUUAAUUUUUCAAGAUUAUAUAAAGAUUCAGCUGGUUUUGAAUUUUUAUUUAAUCCAAAACAGGAUAUUCCAUUCCAUGUAACAUGUUCGAUACAGUUACUUAAAAUUCAUUUUGCUAAAAGAAUCAAAUUUGAAACUGGUUAUAUAGGACAAGAAUCUGAUGAAAUUUUAAAUAUUCCAAAUUUUUCAUUUACUUCAAAAGCAAAUAUUUUACAUCAAUUAAUUACUCAAGGUGGUUUUAAAAAUUGUGUACUGGAAUGUUAUUUUUCAACAAGUACUCCAAUGUUAGAUAUAGAUACAAAACAAUUGAGUAGUUUAUUAUAUAAUUAUGUGUUGAUAAAGAAAUAUUCUAGUCUACAAAAAAUACAUAAUCAUAUUCAUAAUGAUUCAAAACAAAAGGACAAUGAAUCCAAAUUUGAAAUGAAUAAAUUAUGGCCACCACCUAAAGAAUCAUUAAAAUCUAGAAUUUGGAGAUAUUUAAAUGAAUUUUAUCCACAAUUGGAUAUUAAAUUAGUAAUUGAACAGCCUAGAUUCAUUCUUAGACAUUGUGAAGAAACUGCAUUAAAUAAUAAAAACAUACAACUACUUACAUUUUCAUAUUCAUUAUUAAAUUUUAAUAUGUCAACUACAAAAUCAAGAGAUUAUAUAUUAAGUUGUCAAAUUUUGUAUCCUAAUAUUACUUAUAAUGAAAAAUCAAAUAUUGCAAAUCCAGAAUUUAAUAAUGAAAUUUUUAAAAAGGAGAUUGCUUCUUUAAAAUAUUUUAAUAUUCAAAUUGAUGUAUAUAAGAAUUUAAAAGUUAAAACUUCAGUAGAUUUCAGUGAUGUUAAUUUCGAUUUAACUAGUCUUGAUAUAUUUUCAGGUGUUCAUUAUUUAUUACUUGAUAUUACUAAAAUUGCAGAACAUGAUUUAAAAAUAGGAAAGAUUAAUAAUAUAUUCAAUGAGGAGUUAAACAAUUUAAAAAUGAAAUUGAUUAACAAGGAAAUUAAAACGCAAAAGAUCAAAAUUGAAGAUAAGAUAUUUAGGCACUUGCCAAAAUGGAUUACCAAAGUAGAACUUAAAUUAAAUUCGUUAUGUAUAAAUCUUGGUUCAAGAUCAGUUUUAAUUCCAAAACAAGAUUUAUCUAAAACUUCAGCACCUUUUGACUUUGACAUUGAGGAAGAUCAUAUACUAAGAAAGUUGACAAUAAAAGUCAAAAGUUUUAACUCAUGUUUGAUCAAUAAUGAAGAAGCUCAUGAUAAACCAGAUGAUUCAUCUCUGGAAACUACAUUAACUUCAUUUACUGAUGAUACUGGAUAUUGGUCAGUUCAAACAAAAUUGGAAGAUUUAGAUGUAAUUAUUCCUGAUAAAGAUUUAAGACAACCUAAAAUGAUUGAUUUACCAAGUUUAAAAAUUAAUAUUAAUACAAUUAUGGAUUUUAAUGGUGAGAAUAAAUUAAUCAUUGAUUCAGAAAUUGAUAAAAUUGCAGUUGAUUUUAGUAGAUUUAAAUUAUUUACAACUAUUGGUGCUGUUUAUUUAAUUAGAGAAUAUGUCAUAUCUCCAAUAAAAUUAAUAAAACUGAAAGUAAGAAAAGAUUUGUCACAAUUUCAUGAACCAAUUUCAAAACAAGAAGAAAGUAAAGGUAACAUACUAGACUUUAUCCGAUUCAAUUUUAAAUUAAACAAUUCUGAUUUUGUAAUUAGAUUAAGUGAUGAUUUUAAAGUAAAAAUUCAGUUGGCAAAUUUACAAAUCAAUUUACAUGAAAAAUUAUUGAAACUUAGUCUUAACUUCAUUAGAGCAUUAGCUGAUUCCCCUUUAAGUAAAGAUAAAUGGUGUAGAUUAUUAUGUGUUGAUUCAUUAUCAUUGAAUAUGGAAGUUCCAUCAAGAAUCAAUAAAAGAACAUUGACUAAUUCCCAUAUUGAUAUAUAUACCGAUGCAAUUAGAUUAAUUCAACCAAAUGGUUUCAUUGUGUAUAAAUUAUUUGAUAAUAUUUCAAUUACAGUCAAGGCUGCAAAACAUUUAGUCAAAUUAUUGAAAGAUGAUUCAAAUAAAGAAGAGUUAAAUAUUAUUCAUCCACAUUCACAAAACCCAAUACCAUUACCUACUAUCAACAUCAAAUCUAGACAUUUAAAAUUUUUAAUGGAAGAUGAUCCAUUUGAGUCUGAAUUAAAUAUGAUUUAUCAAUUGGGAUUAGUUGAACAAAGAAAAAGAUUGGAAUUGUAUUCAAUAUUUGAUGAAACAGCAAGGAAUGAAGUCGAAUAUGGUGAGGAUUAUUUUAAUAAAUUGAUGAGAUUACAUACUACGAUUUCAGAUUCUUGGAUUAGAAAAGUUAAUGUUUAUAAAACUAAACUUGUUGAAGAAGUAGCAAGUAAUAAAGACUAUUUAUUUGGCAAUGAAGUUAAUUUCAAUCAAGAUUAUAAUAAAGAUGUAGUUGCUUAUCCUUAUCAUUCACCAUUAUUAGGUAUUUAUAUGGAUAAUUUUAAUUUAACUGUUAGUAAACCAAAAUUUGAUAUGGAUCAAUUACCUCAAUUUAUUUAUGAUUUUGGUCAAGGAGUUCCAAAAGAUACAAAAUAUUCAUUAUACAUCCCAACUUACUUAGACUUAAAAGUUGGUGAAUUUAGAAUGCAUUUACGUGAUUAUCCAUUACCAAUGUUACAUGCACCAAGGAAUAAAAAUGCAUCCCAACCAUCAGUUAUAUUAGAAGGUCAUUUAAUAAUCACUGAAGCUUUAGUUACUGCUGUGGAAAAUUUAAGACAAUUGGAUACUCCAUUAACUCCAAUUUAUAGAUCAAAUAAAAAUGCAGAAAUUAGUAGAUUUGAUCAAUUGAUUAUUGAAAAAACUUUGGCUUCAGUUAAAAUGUAUACUAAUUUAUUAUGUCAAUUUGAUUCAGAUUAUCCAACAAGAAUUAUAUGGGGUACUUCUUAUAAUUUUGGUAUUCAACAAUUUAUGCUUAAUUUUGAUCAAUUUUCAAAACCUCCAGUUGAUCCAAGUAUGAAGUUAGGAUUUUGGGAUAAAUUGAAAUAUAUCCUACAUGGUAAAUGUAGAAUCAAGACGAGAAAAUCAUUAGAAGUUGGAUUUAAAGGUUCUCGUGACCCAUAUAAUUUAUUUACAACAUCAACUGGAUUUGUUUUAAGUUUUAAAGAAAACGUCAUUUGGGACAUUAAUAAAAAUGAUGAUUCUAAAAACUUUUUCGAUAUUAAUGCUGAAAAAGUUUCAUGGUAUAUUCCAAAUUAUCUUGGUAGUCCAUUAUUGAGUUGGACAAGAUCAAGUAUUGAUUCAGUUUAUUUACCAGAGUCUAAAAAUUUUAUAAGUUCAUGUUUUGCAUAUUAUUUAGAUUCUUCAACACGAGAUUCAAUUUCUAAAAUUGAUUUUGAUUAUGCUAAACACGUAUUUGCAAAAAAUGUAAUACAAUUAAGUGGUGGAGUAAAUUUUAAAGUUGGAUUUUUAUUACAAAGAAAAGAGAAUGGAGAAAGAGUUGAUGAUUUUAAAUCACAUUAUGAUGUUCAAUUAUAUAAUCCUAAAUAUUGUGAAAAGGGUCAUGAUUCAUAUAAGGAUUUCAGAUCUGAAUAUAUCCACAUAUCAAUUUCAUUAAGUGCAAGUACUGAAUCAAGUUAUAAUACUAUUCAUUUAUCACCUGGUGCUUUUCAACAAUUUUUUGGUUGGUGGAGAUUAUUUGCAAGUAAUAUGAUGUUACCAGUUCGUAAGGGCCCUUUAUUUGGUGAAGCUAAACAAAAUGUCAAAUUUUCACAACAUUUAUACACCAUUAAAUUUUUAUUUUAUCUUAAAUCAUUAUUUAUUUCCCAUGUUUAUCGUGAUGAAAUUAUAGAUACUUCAAAUGAUAGAAUCGAAUGUGUUGGAUUAAGAGCUAAAGUUGAUGAAUUUUCAGUUGAUUUACAUCAAAGAAAAGAACCUACUACAUUACAUCAUGAAGAAUUAUCAAAAGAUACGAAAACAAUGAAGAUGAAUAUGAAUUUGGGAGAAGUUGUCCUUUCUGGUAUUGAUUUAAGAGCAAUUCAUACAUCAUUUAAACAAAACUUGUAUAAUAAAUCAGAUAUUAAAGGAAAAUCAACAUAUAGUAUAUUUGAUGAUAAUAAAAGAUGGUAUGAUUUACAAGAUUAUGAAGAAGCAUUUUUACCUACAUUAAAAGGAUGUCCUAAAGAUGUAAAUAUUUAUCCAUUAUUAUAUUCACAUCGAUUUUCAUAUGAAAGAGAUACUUCAAAUGAAGAAGUCAACUCAUCAAAUAAACACCAUAAUAAUGAAGGUGCUUUUGGAAAUGAAAAAAUGCAUGAAUGUAGAUUGAAAAAAGUUGACCCGUUGGAAGUUAGAAAAGAUGUGUUGGAAGAGAGAUUAAAAUUACUUCAGGAACAAAUUGUCAAAGUUGGUGAUAGAUCAAUUUCAAAACAAUUGAAAAAUAGAAUUGCAUAUGUUGAACAAGAAAUAGGUAAGGCACAGAAAGGAUUACGAGCAUCAUUAGAUCGUAAUGAUACUUUUACAUCAAUUCAAACUGAAGAACAUGAACAUUAUCAUAAUAAAUUUACAUUGUUUAGUAUGUUGCUUAAAUGGAAUUUCAAUUGUCGUAAUUUAUUACUUAAGUAUAUUCAUUUUGUUCAAUUAAAAGCAGCGAUGAGGAAAUAUUUAUCUCAUGAAUCAAUAAUGACUUUAGAUAACAUAAUGGAAAAGGCAAGUAAAUUACUCAAUGAAAAUGAAUCGGAUUUAUCAUCAAUUGCAAAUUCAAUAAAUGAAGGCAUAUCACAAGUUUCACAUCAUUCAAAAGAUGAAUCUUCAGAAAAUAGAUUAGCUAAUUUCAGCAAUAUUUUGAAAUUUAAAAAUCAAGAUGAGAAAUUAAAUGAAGAUUAUUUGAUUGAAAUUAUAUCACCUCAGAUCCAAUUACACUCUGAUGAUUAUCCAGAUUCGGUUGUAAUGAUUUCAGCUCCAAAUAUAAAUGGUAAAAUUUUAUCAACCACCGACUCAAAUGAUUCUAAAUUGGAAGAAAGAUAUGGUGUAUUAUUAAAAGAUGCUAGCGUUUUUGUAUUGAAUAAAAAGGAUGUUGUUGGAUCUGAUUCAAUGAUAAUUAUAGAUAAUCCAUAUGGUGGUGAUCAUAAAUCAAAUUGGCCACCUUGGUUAGGUCAAGAAGUUACUCAAAACGGUAAAUGGGCAGGUGAAAAUCAAUUAUUAAUUGAGAAAUUAUCAGUCAUGGCAUUAUUUUAUAAUUCAGAAAUAUUAAGUGGUAAAUUAAAUAGUGCUGAAGAAGGUGAGGAUUCUCAUUUGGAUGAAGCUCCGAAGAAAUUAAGAAUAGAUAUGCCUUCAAUUGUUAUAACUUCAACUUCAAGUCAAUAUUUUUCCAUGUAUGUUAUCAUGUUGAGUUUAUUAUUUUAUUCAGAGCCUAUGAGUAAAGUCAUAUCAGAUAAACUUGAAAAGAUGAAAUUUGCAAUUGAUUUUCAGGAUUUACCUUCCAUGAGCUCAAGAGUUAAAUCAAUGCAACAACAUUAUAAGAAAUUAAAAUUUUUGACAUCAAAUUAUGAUUUUAGACAAGAGAAUUUAAGUAAUGAGGAUUUAAACAAUUUCUUGCAGAUUAAUUUGGAACGUGGUGAAAUUGCAAGUGAUAUUUAUUUAUUAUUGAAAACUUUAUAUACUGGUGAUUUUGUUAAUGAUAUAAGUCAUAAUAUUCAACAAUCAUGGUUAAUUAGAGCUGAUGAGGUUAUAUUACAUUUAUUAGAGGAUGAUAGAACACCAAUCAUGGAUUUAGCAUUAGCAAAAGGUACAUUCAAGAGAAAAGAAUUAGAGUCUGGGUCCAACAUAAAUAGAAUUGAGAUUGAAAUGAUGCAGGGAUUCAAUUUAAUUAAAACUGCUAGAUUUCCUGAUUUCCUACAACCAUUUCCCAAUGAUGGAAGUAACACUUCAUUCAGCAGUUAUAACCUAAUUGACUUAGAAUGGACUAUGAAUAAAGCAGUUGGUGGAAUAAAAAUUAUAGAACAUUUGAAGAUUAAUUCCUUACCGUUAAAUAUCAAAAUUGAUGAAAUAACUGGUGAGAAAUUAACUAACUUUAUAUUUCAAUCUAAAGAUCCAAUAGAUAUUAAAAAUUCAAAAGUUUUAAAUGUUGCAAAUAAUGUAAAACAACAAGAAUUGAAUGAAAAUGAUGGAAGUGAUGAUGAAUUUGGUUUAAUUACAGAAUUGGAAGGUGCUAAUAAAUCAAGUGACAGAAGGAAACAAGAUGAUGAAGGAAAGGGUACAACCACAUCAAAUUCAAAAAUGAAGAAGAAUUUCACAGGCUUAUCAACAUCUUCAAACUCAAAUAAAGAUGUCCAGGAAGAUGAUGAACAAGUUGCAGAAAUGAUUAAAAGAUCAAAAGAAUAUUAUUCAAUUAUUUCCUUGACUAUCAAGGCAAUAUCAUUAAAAGUUACCUUGAAAUUAAAUAAAGGAUAUAAACGAAUUUUAAAUGUUACAAAUUUCAAAAUUGAUUUACCAGAAUUAAAUAUAACUAAUAGAAUACUUUCAUUUGUUGAUUUGAGUAAAAUUAUAGGUAAACUAGUUACAAAAUCAUUAUUAGCUCAUAUUGGAUCAUUAUUAAGAAACAAAGUAACCAGAAAUAAAUUAAUAAAAGCCAAAGAAAUCAAAUCAAUUGAUAAUUAUAAAAAAUUUACCAAAAUUUCAGAAUUAGAAGCAUAG